CGAAAAGUUGGUUCCUGUGAUUCCAUUCCAUGUCAAUUUGGCUGGUCCCCCGCUGUGUGGAAAUUUCACAAAAGAAUAGAAAAUUUCAAUGCCGCGUGUUUUCUCGAGAAAAACACAGGGAAAAAAAAAAACCCACUUCUAUUUCUAAAUUAGCAUUGACUUCAAAACGAAGAAGUCGACAUCGUCCGUACAAAAAUCUCAGUUUUCAUAAAUUGGGGUUUUUUUCUUCAUUGCAAAUAUAGUCAGGGAAAAGUAAUGAAAUGAUGCGGUUGAAGGAUCGAUUUGGGGCUACUUGAGGAGGGAAGUAGCGGAGCUUGCUCAAGGGGAGAGAGAUAUGCACUACAAGAUCAUAUCUUCAAUUUAUCAGUCAUGAUAUAAACCAACUUUUUUGGUUUCAAUAGCACAUUUUGGACUUGAAUUGUUAGGAUGGCUUUGGAGCUCGUACCAAUAGGGACCAUCUUGGCUGUGUUAACGAACCAAGUCCUUAAGACAGCUCAAGCUGCAAAGGAUGUUCUUAUUGGGAAGGAGUGUUUCAAGGUUCUGUCCAAGCACCUCUUUGAUAUUGAACCCGUCUUAAAGGAAUUGCAGCUUCAAAAACUGAAUGAUUCUCAAGCUGCAAAGCAAGCUUUAGAAAACCUAGAAGAAGAUGUCAAGAAAGCUAACAACUUGGUAGAGAGGUACAAAAACUGUGCCCGUUUCUACUUGCUGUUCAAAUGCCGGCACAUUGUCAAGGAGGUCGAAGAAGUCACAAGGGAUAUUGGAAGGUCUUUGGCUGCUUUAUCCCUUGCAAACACUGAAGUCCUGGCAGGGAUAUCUGACCAGGUGAACAGGUUACAGAAUGAGAUGCAAAGAGUGGAAUUUGAGGCUUCACAAUCUCAGAUCAAAAUUGUUGACAAGUUGAAUCAGGGUAUCAAUGAUGCAAAACUUGACCAGGAUUUCGCAAAUGACAUGCUUGAAGAGAUAGCAAUGGCAGUUGGGGUACCAGUUGAGCCGUCGGAGAUAAGCAAAGAGCUAAAAAACCUCAGAAAGGAAAAGGAAGAAACUGCCAACCGGAAAGAAAGGGCAGAAGCUUUCUUCCUGGAGCAGGUUAUCGAGCUGCUUUCUCGAGCAGAUGCUGCAAAAGAUUUUGAGCAAGUUAAAGAGCAUUAUGUCCAGAGGGCUCAGGUCAUAGAGCGUUAUGAUUGCAGCAGAGAGGAUAUUACACCACUAAAGACUUUCAUUUGUCCUAUAAGUCAAACUGUGAUGGUUGAUCCUGUCAACCUUUGCACUGACACCACAUGUGAGAGGGCAGCUAUCAAAGCCUGGUUUGACCGUGGAGAGAGGACUGAUCCAGAAACGGGUGAUCUUCUGGGAGAUUUUACUUUGAGGCCUAACCUUCGACUAAGACAAUCGAUUGAAGAGUGGAGGGAAAUCAAUUACUGCCUUAAAAUCAGAUCUUCCAAGGAAAAGCUGCUAUCAGGUGUAGACCUCUCUGUGGAAGCAGCCCUCAUCCAAAUGCAGGAUCUUAUCAGAGAAAAUUCCAUUAACAAAGACUGGAUUACCAUAGGAGGGCUUACUGCUAUUAUUGUUUCUAUCCUUGGAAGCUCCCACAACAAAGAUGUGAAGAGAAAUAUUUUAAUUACCUUAAAGUAUGUUGUAGAAGGACAUGCAAGAAAUAAGGAAAAAGUGGUUGAGUUCAAGGGGUUGGAUCACAUCAUUCCCUGCUUAGGGCGUGACUCAAGCAUAUCAAAGGCUGCAGUUGAAUUGUUAUAUGAGUUAUUGCAAGAUAAAUCUGGUUGGAAUGUGUCUGUUUGUAGGAAACUCUCACAGACAUGUAGUGCAAUUCUUUUCCUUGUAACCCUCCUGAAAGGUCCAGUUAAGGAGUCAGCGGAGAAAGCUGAAAAAAUCUUAAUGAAGCUUUGUGAUGAAGAUGAGGAGAACAUUUCUCGUGCUGCUAGGGCAGACUGGUAUAAGCCACUUAUUGAUCGCAUUAUUCGAGGCUCUGAGACUUCAAGGAUAUCAAAGGUGAGAACACUUGUUAAUAUGGAACUUGUCGACCAGAAUAUAACGCUCCUUGGCAAGGAAGGGGUAAUACCUCCCUUGCUUGAAAUGGCAUCUGGCAAUGUGGAAUCACAAGAAGCAUCCUUAUCUGCACUGGUUAAGCUAUCAGGUUGUCAUGCCAACAAAGAGCUCAUUGCCGCUGCUGGUGGGGUUCCUAUUAUUGUGGACUUAAUAUUCUCUCCCCACACUGCAAUAAUCAUUGCUAGAUGUUGUGAAGUCUUGGAGAAACUUACUUCAAAUGAUGAUGGAAUUAAAUUCCUUGUUGACAAAAAUAAGAAGCAGCUUGAGAUAGAGCAGAUAAUAAAGAAGUUGUUAGCAUUUUUACAAAGUCCAAACUCAUCCAACAUCAUGCUGAGGCCUGCUUUACGUGCACUUCUCGGGAUUUGUAAGUCUGAAGCAAGGUUUAUUAAGACAGCAGUUCUUACUGCCAAUGGUGUUUCCCUCAUCCUUCCUCUUCUUGAUGGCUCUGACCCAGAAAUUAGAGAAAUUGCCAUAAAUCUUCUGUCCCUCUUCUCUCAGCAUGAACCAGAAGGCGUUGUGGAAUAUCUUCUCAAGCCGAAGAGGUUGGAGGCUUUAGUGGGGUUUCUUGAGAAUGGUGAUAAGGCUGAUGUACAGAUGGCAGCAGCUGGUUUAUUGGCCAAUCUUCCAAAAUCAGAAGUACCACUCACAAUGAUGUUAAUUGAAUUAGAAGGGUUGAAUGCAAUCAUAAGCAUCUUAAGAUCUGGGACCAUGGGAGCAAAAGAAAAUGCUCUAACUGCACUCUUCAGGUUCACGGAUCCUGCAAAUCUAGACUCGCAGCGAAAGGUGGUUGAACUAGGAGCAUAUCCUUUGCUUGUAAGAUUUCUCAGGGUUGGUUCGGUAACAGCAAAGGCAAGAGCAGCAGCCCUCAUUGGUAAUCUUUCCACAAGCAGUCCAGAACUUGCAGUUGUGCCUAAACCAGCUAGAUGCUUGUGUUUCAGGUCAUCACGCGUCCCUUUGUGCCCUGCACAUGGAGGUAUCUGCAGUGUGGAGACAACUUUUUGUCUGUUGAAGGCAGAUGCUUUGGCUGGGCUGGUAGCACUCUUGCAUGAAGAGAUUGAUGCAACUGCUUAUGAAGCAAUUCAGACCCUUUCUACACUGGUGCGGGAAGACUCUCCUCAGAGAGGGGCCAAUGUCUUGCAUGAAGCUGAUGCCAUUAAUCCCACACUGGAGAUUUUGAAUUGGGGACCGGGUCCUCUGAAGGAACAGGCUUUGGUACUAUUGGAGAAAGUCCUUACAGUGAAGGAAAUGGUGGAAAAGUAUGGAUCAAUAGCUCGGUUACGUCUUGUCGAUAUUACUGGUAGGAUUUACAUUCAUGAGGAUGGGAAUCUUAGGAGGAAGGCUGCUGGAGUCUUGGCUCUCCUCGAACGCUAUUCGGGAUUUGAUACAUCAUCUCUUGCUACAGGACUCAAUGGGUGACAAUUUUUGCUUCCUGCUGAGAACAUAUAGCUUGCUUUUAGAUUUUGCAGUGAACUGUUUAUUGACUCUCCACUGCAUCUGAUCAGUAUCCUUUGAAAACAGACUUGGAGGUGGAUGGAUUCUGAAUCCUCAGCAGAAAUCAAUUUAUAAAAUUCAAAGACAAAUAUUUUGAUUUAGUCUUCUGUUCUUUGAGUCUGUAAAAUUUUGUAUGUCUCUUUUAGCCCCAUGUAUUAGUCUAGAUUAUUCUGUGCUUUAAAAAUAAAAAAUUAUAUAUGUGAUAAAAAAUUUGAAUCGGUUA